CCACCCCCGUCCCGAUUUUUCACACUUGCUGUCUGGUCACCCUAUCCCCAGCGAGUGGGUGCGGGCCACUUGGCGGGACGGUGUGGCUUAGAUCUCAGUCCGGGGCAGUGGCGCACCUCCCUCUGUCCUGUUCUCUGUGUUGUCGUGUCAUUGGCUGUAUGACUUCGAUUUGGGGUGCAUUGAUCAAGUGGAAAGCCUCCAUUUAAAUCAUUAUUUUUUUGAAUAACUGAAGGACAAAUGGAAAAGUUUAUUUUUGAAAGAAAGGAGAGGACAACACUCGUAUGAAGAAAGAAAGAGCAGUAUGAUGGAUUCAGAAGAUCUUGUCAUAACAAGUUCAAAGCAAGAAAUUGCUCAUCACAUUGUAAAAGUUAGCUCAGGUAAACAUUACUUUUGUGGAUAUUGUGCAGCCUUCACCAAUAUAGCAAUCACCUUUCCCAUCCAGAAGGUCCUCUUUCGACAACAACUGUAUGGAGUGAGAUUAAGGGAGGCAGUAUAUCAGUUACAGAAAGAUGGAAUCCGAAAUCUGUACCGUGGACUCCUCCCUCCAUUAAUGCAGAAAACUACAACUCUUGCCCUGAUGUUUGGCUUAUAUGAGGAUUUCUCCUCCCUGCUCCAGAGGCACACAAAUGCACCUGAACUUGUGACUUGCAGUGUGGCAGCAGUGCUUGCAGGAACAUCAGAAGCUCUUCUUACACCUUUUGAGCGGGUCCAGACUUUGCUUCAGGACUACAAACAUCAUGACAGAUUUACAAACACUUACCAGGCUUUCAGGGUGCUAAAAGACUAUGGAAUUAAAGAAUAUUAUCGGGGUUUGGUACCUAUUCUGAUCCGAAAUGGACCGAGUAAUGUACUCUUUUUUGGCCUGCGAGGACCCAUCAAGCAGUGUCUUCCCGAAGCAACUUCUUAUAGUGCUCAUUUGGUCAAUGACUUUAUCUGUGGAGGGCUGUUGGGUGCCAUGUUGGGAUUCUUGUUUUUCCCAAUUAAUGUUGUAAAAGCUCGCAUGCAGUCUCAAAUUGGUGGGGAAUUUCAGUCUUUUCCAAAAGUUUUCAUGAAGAUUUGGCUGGAACGUGAUAGAAAACUGACACAUCUUUUCAGAGGAGCCCAUCUGAAUUACCAUCGCUCUAUUAUAUCCUGGGGCAUAAUCAAUGCAACAUAUGAAUUCUUGCUUAAGUUAUUAUGAAAAAUGUUACCUUCUAUGAAGUCUCUCUGCUCAGUUGGGUAUUGGCACAUUGAGGUCACUUAUUUCCUAGGAUCAAAUUUGUCAUAAUCAGACCUGUUCAUGAAUAACACUGAAAUUUGGAGAGUUUAAUUGCAAAAUGGUGGUUACAUUUCAGUAGGGAGAGAAGUAAUUUUUACCAGUGCCUGCUUAGUCUGAAAGUUAAUUACACUCAAUCUUAUUAAUUGUCUUCAAUCUUUAUGGGGUGAAAGUUGGCAUUGUGUUUAGAUCUUAAUUUAAGAAAAAUGGUUUGUUCAAAAGUGCUCUCUUUAUUAAAGUAUUUAGAUGCUGGAAGGUGAAUUCAGCCAUACCUGAAUAAACUAAUUGAAACUUACUUUCUAUUUAAAUGUUGGCUUUGGCCUAGAAACUUACUCCAGGUCACCCUCAACCUUUCUUAACACUCCUGGUGAUCAAAACUAUGCUUGAUUGUGCACUUUGUGGAAUAUGAAAGUGAGGGAGGCUGACAAAAGCUAUUUAGUUUCCCUACUUGGUAAACUUGGGAGGUCUGAUGUACCUGAUGCAGUUGUUGUAAGAGUACUCUGAACUCCCAUAAUGUUUCAGGUUUUCCAGGUAUCUUUACUGUUUGAAACCAGACUGCCAACUUUGAAUGAGGAUGGUGUUACGUCUCAACUAAGCCUCCAUGAAUGGUUUUUGCUGGUCUCCUAAUAUGAAUGCCAUCUGGUCAAGCAACAUAAGGUAGCUACUAAGGCUAUGUCUACAAUGCACUUUUUUAACUGUUUUUUACUGACAAAAAGCACUGGUGUGGAUAGUGCUUUGUCGGCGGGAGACAAAGCUACUGCCCCUCGUUGGAGGUGGUUUUAUUUUGCCAGCAGGAGAGCUCUCUCCUGCUGGCAAAGAGUGGCUACACUGGGGACCUUACAGCGGCACAGCUAUGGUGCUGUAAGGUAUGCAGUGUAGACAUAGCCUACAUUUUCAACUUCAGCAUAAGCUGAUCGAGUGCAAAGUAGAGGUAUGUGUAUGUAUGUGAAAAGGGAGUAGCAGGCGUUUGGGUGGGGGGGAAUGAAACAAAUUUUAUCUAAAAAGCUUUAAAGUGUCCUUCAUGUUACAAUAUCACCUAUUUGUGAACGUGGAAUAUUUUAUUUUGUCUUUUGUGCUGUUUAGUUUCUGUUGCAAACAGGCAUGGCGCCAGAAAGAAGACGUGGUUUCUGCAACAUUAACACGUACAGAAGUAGUAUGAAAACUGAUGGGAGUCAAAGUACUUUGUAGACAGCUUUUGUUGUAUUAAGGUAACUUAUGUCCUUUUGCAACUAUUGUUACUUGCUUCAUGUGAGGUUGUAGCAUAACUGAUCACUUCAGUCAAUAUUAUUAGCUGAAGCUUGCUCCACCCUUCCUUGUAUGCCUUGUUCAGGGUAUAUCACUGUAGUGGAAAAGGCACUCCGAUACUACGGCGAGGAGGACCAUAUAAGCGCUGGACUUGGGGGUUUCUCUGUGAUCAUUUAAUCAUGUUGAUAAACACUCUCAUAAAUAUUAAACAGAAGUAAUGUUGUACUUGGUAUUCAGGUGGAUGUGCUUUAAGGCCUUGGAGAAGAGAAGAGGGCAGGAACACAAGUGUGAUUACCAAACUAGUGGUCUUCAUAUAAAAAAUGACUGUAUAUUUUUAUGCAAGAAGGAUUCAUAAAGUAUUUUCAUAUUUUGUGGUGAACAUGAAAGCUUUCAGAAAUUUUGGAUGGUUUUUUUCUUAAUUUUAGAGUGAACAUUACUUUUUUUAUGUAUCCUUAAAUCUUCAAAUGCUUAUGGUUUUUACUUUCUUACUUCAUUUCAGUUGUCCACUUGACAUAACCCCCUAAAUAAUUACUCCCAAACAGUAUGCCCUAUUUCUUUUUAAUCUAUAGCUCUAUACUACUAAGCUUCACAGUCAAAGAUGGCCAAACACAAAUAAAGCACAUUGAUAUUUUGAAUGUUGUGAUUAUAUGGAUUUAAAUAUACUGUCUGUUGAAUGUUUUACUGGUGGAAUCUGAUUUUACCAGUGUAUUGUUUUUGUAACCUUUCCUUGAUGGAAUAAAACAAAAGUAAAUCUGUUUCCCCA